GACUAAGGGAAUUGCAAAGGGUUUCUGGAGUCUUUUAUCUUUGCACUACCUCUUCAAAUCUGGCUCAACACUUCAGUAAUUUAUUGUUGCCGUCAUCUGAUGAAUGUUCACUGGGCUCAGGCUUUCUCGUACCGCACAGGUGUUCAGAGCCAAAAACCCCACUGCUGGAACCGCAGCCAGUGGUCGUCUUGUUAAGAAUCUCAGCUAACAACCCAAAGAGGGAACAUGUGGAGCUGAAAAGUGAGCUGCUAUCUGGUUCAUACAGAUGGCUUUUUUCAGGUGUGAAAGAAUCAGUAGUAGCAGCAUUUUCGAAGGGGCACACGAUUGUUCUCCAUUCUCCUCAAGCAAAGAGAGGCUUUUAGAGCUUCUAGGCAAAUGCAAAAGCUGCAUCUACACAACCGGGUUCCCCACACCUCCCACAAGAGCAUGGAGUAUUUCUCCAACGCUUAUUUUCAUUGGGGUCUUUCACACCUGCCCUAGGAUGAAUCAUACACAGUGAAAAUGCUGUAAGCAUGCGAAAUAAUGUAAAUUCCCAAAACUUUAUUAAGGCCUUUUUGACCAAAUUUGUAAUUAGCUCUCUUGGGAGCAUGCACGUAUGAUCUCCUGUGGACUCCUCAGGGCUAUUCUCUGUUAGCAUUACUCCAGCAUGGACAAAGGCACACAUACACAUACAAAACAAAAGAGUGGAUAUCAGCAUUGCUGGUGGAGGCCCAUCAUUGGCUCUGAUGGAGGCCCCUGCUGGUUACCCACUGCACUGAGUUUUUGGUCUAUGCUGCUCAUGUAAUUUAAUGUGUCAGCUUUUGGAGGCCAGGAUUGUGUCUUUCUGUGCUAUUUGCGCUCUGUAAAGUAAGCAAGUCUUUUUUGAAAAUUACAUGGUGAAUGUUUACGUUUUUGGUCAUAUCUCACAUAUGACUGACGUCGAAGUACACUGUGUGAAAGGAAAACCAACUCUGAACUGAGCAACCACAGGAAAAAAAUGAGACUUGGUUAUGUCAGUUUGGGUUAACGUGGAGCCCUUCCUCUGUGGAAAGAAAAAAAAAAAAGGAAAGACUAUUAAAAUUACACUCUAAUUGGAACUCAUAUCUUUGCAAACAUAAAUAAAUGCCUGAGUGCCAUUUCAGAGUUUAGACUCUGAGACUUCUUAUUUAUUUAUUUUAAUAAAGAAGACGAGCAUGGAGUCACUCAGACCCAUCCAACACAAGUUAGGGAAGAAGCAGACAUGUCCUGGUGACAAUCUUGGGCAGCCACUGUAGACAAGAGCAGCCGUAUAGGGUCACCUGAUAAUUCCAAAUCUGUGGGCCAGUUUUAUUAGCCUUCUGUAGCUCAUCUCUGCCCCAGGAUAUGCCGGACUCAGAGACAGGAGGAUAUGAGGGUCUAAUUCAUCCAGAACACUUCCGCACUAAGGGACCUGCCUGGAUUACUAUGCUCUUCGCACCUCAUCUGGUCCAGAAGCAGAAAGCUGAAUGUAAGCUCCAGCUGCUCCUCGCGUUUCACUGUGACCACGAGAUAAAGUCCAUUGGUUCAACCCUUGGGGAUACCAGAGCUGGCCUGUGGGCUGCCUUUGACUGCAGCUGACCUUGGAGCUGCCAUGGCUAAUCUCCUGUUGUGUGAGAGAUUCAAGAAGGGUGUCACUGCUUGUGCACACGUGGCUGUAACAAGAAGGGGAUUUCUUUAAAAACAGUUGUUUCAUUCUGUCAGGAGAAAGCCUGAAGCUGUACGCUGACAAAAAUCCCAUUUGUUACUAAAAUGUCCAACAAGCUCAUUCAUAUGUAAUAUUUAGUUUAUUCACGUACGCGUUUCACUGAAGUUCUGGCUCUGAUCCCUAGAGCUACCAUUCUGGCAUCUUUCAAAUCUCAUCUGAGAUUGACUCCUGUGAAGCCUGGAAAAGUGAUUUGCUUAUCAGCUCCUAUGUAAAUCCCUCACCUUUCAAAGGACUACUGAUCUAUCUUUGUGUUCCUUUGACUCACUGAAGUCUCUGCAUGACGACACGGCUCCCAUUUAUGAUUUCCUUUCCCUUUCUCCUUACAUGCCGUCUGUUACAGCCACUCUUGGGUCGUGGCUAAUUUUAGAUUAUCAGACUUCCAAACAAAGUUCAUUGCCUUGUUUCCCCUAUUUGCCCUGGACUUAUUCUCUCUUUUGCACGUGAAAAAGCAAAAAUAAUAUUAUCAAUAUAAUAACUAUACAUGCUUUCUUGGGCCCUUCUAUUCUCAGUGGUGGCUGUAAGAGGCAUUGUAGUAAAUGAACGGGGUUUCAGUGGCCUAAUUGCACUGAAUGAACUCAGAGGAAGGCCAGCUGCAAAGCCCUGUUCUGGCAUGCUCAGGGGUCAUAGCUCCAUAGGUCAGGGCAUAAACUACACAGGGGUUGGGAAAUGCCUUACGCCCACCUACGUCCUGUGGUUUCUUAUCGUCUUCUGGCAUUUCUCUCAUUUGGAUUCAGAGGUAAGAAGCAAAGCUUAUCGAACUUGGCCAAACAUAUGGAGGUUAAGGUCAGGUUGCCGUAGAUGUUAUAUGAAGAUUUAUGGUUUAAACGAUUAAAAGAUAUUUUGUGUUGUAGCCUGUAUAAAAUGGUCUCAGUUAAGAACAGACUAUGAAUAUCACUAUGAUGGAUACAGUGGGCACAAAGCUCCCGUACUGCAAUUCACUGCUCCAUUUCUUGUGUGCCAUUGAAGGGUGUUUAGACUGCAUCCCAAACUGAGUCGCUGAAGUGGCCCCAAGCCCCUUUUAACAUGGUUCACAGUGAAGCCAGCCUAAUAGUAUGUAUAAAUAAUAACCAUGCCAGGAAAAAAAAAAAAAAAAAAAAAAAAAAAAAGCAAGAGGGUGACAGGCCGAGGCUUCAUUCCUGGUCAGAAUUUUGUAAAAUCAGCUCCCAAACCAUCCCAUUAAAUCCAAUACGAGCCCUAGGAAACCAGAGUGCUCUGUAUUCACCUCAGCGACGCCGCGUUAGCAGACCUCAGAUUCUGACCGCCAUUUCCGCGCUGCCCCAGUAUCGCUGUUGCCCAUUUAUUAUCGUCCAUUGGGAGCACUACGACACCGAGCUGGUGAAAUGUGGGCCAUCCCCAGAUGGAAAUCUUCGCAAGGGAAAUUCGCCCUCCUGGGGCACGGGGCAGCGGCGGGGCGCCGCGGGGACAGGUGGCGGAGCCGCCAGCGGGACGCAGAGCGGCGAAGCGGCCGGCAGGGGGCGCUACGGAUCGCCCCCGCCGACAACGGAGCGGCGCGAGGGGCGGCCCCGGCGGCGAAGCGGUGGGACGUCUCGCAAGAUGGCGGCGCCCCUGGACAUGGAGCCGCCGGCCCUCAGCCUGGAGCUGCUGCCCACCGACCCGCUGCUGCUCAUCCUCAGCUUCCUCGACUACCGGGAUCUGAUGAGCUGCUGCUAUUUGAGUCGGAGAUUAAAUCAGCUAUCAAGCCACGAUCCAUUGUGGAAAAGACACUGCAAGAAAUACUGGCUUAUUUCAGAUGAGGAAAAAAUUCGACGAAAUCAGAGCUGGAAAGCUAUCUUCGUCAGUACCUACUCUGAUCUAGGAAGGUACAUCCAGUAUUAUGCUACGCUGAAAAAAGCCUGGGAUGACCUAGAGAAGUACCUAGGACAGCGGUGUCCUCGGAUGAUUGGUUCUUUGAAAGAGAGCGUGCAGGAAGAGGAUCUAGAUGCUGUGGAAGCACAGAUUGGCUGCAAACUCCCUGAUGACUAUCGAUGUUCAUUCCGUAUUCAUAAUGGACAGAAGCUAGUUGUUCCUGGGUUGAUGGGAAGUAUGGCACUGUCAAACCACUACCGCUCUGAAGACUUGCUGGAUAUUGACACGGCCGCUGGAGGCUUUCAACAGAGACUAGGCCUGAAACAAUGCCUUCCCCUGACCUUCUGCAUUCAUACUGGCCUGAGUCAGUACAUGGCCCUGGAGAGCGUGGAAGGACGGAAUAAAUACGAGAUCUUCUAUCAAUGUCCAGACCAAAUGGCUCGCAAUCCAUCUGCUAUUGAUAUGUUCAUUACAGGUACAUCUUACUUGGAAUGGUUUACGUCCUAUGUAAACAAAGUGGUAACUGGUGGUUAUCCUAUCAUCAGAGACCAGAUCUUCAGGUAUGUACAUGAUAAAGAAUGUGUUGCUACCACAGGAGAUAUUACUGUUUCUGUAUCCACAUCUUUUCUACCUGAACUCAGUUCUGUACAUCCACCGCAUUAUUUCUUCACUUACAGAAUCAGAAUCGAAAUGUCCAAAGAUGCUCUUCCUGAGAAGGCUUGUCAGCUGGACAGUCGAUACUGGAGAAUAACGAAUGCCAAAGGUGAUGUAGAAGAAGUUCAAGGUCCUGGAGUAGUUGGGGAGUUUCCAAUAAUCAGCCCAGGGAGAGUCUAUGAAUAUACCAGCUGUACUACUUUUUCCACAACGUCUGGAUAUAUGGAGGGGUAUUACACCUUCCACUGUCUCUACUACAAGGAAAAAUUCUUUAAUGUUACAAUUCCCAGAUUUCAUAUGGUGUGUCCAACUUUCAAGGUGUCUACAGCACGAAUGGAAACAAAUCAUAAUGAAUAUGCAGUGGAUGAAGACGAAGAUUCCACAGACACUGAUGAAUAUGAAGACCGCCGUAGAGUGAUGGACAUUCCUGCACCUUCUGGACGCUGCCCACAUCACACCUGAUGGGACUUUUUUUCCAAAGCUGUUUUCAGAAGCUGAACUCUUUGGGGCUAGUGCAUAAAAAUAUUUCUGACUAUUGUAAAUGAACUUCCUGUUGCUCGUCAGGGCAACUAGCAUGAAUGUUGGUGCCAGCUCUAAUAUUCAUCAGAGUAUAACUUCUUUUUUUUUUUUCCUGGUUUGGAAGUGCUGGGGAGGGGGGGGUGGGAGGGGGAGGGAAGUAGAAAAAGAGAAAGGUGUUUGGGUUUUGUUCACUUUUUUCCCAGGUGCAAAACAGCGUGAUAGUCUGAGAUAAUCAUAUGUUGCAAUUUUAAACCAUUGCCUAUUUAUGAUCACAUUGCAAAUAUGGUGUGGGGAUUUGUUUUUAUACAAGCAUUUGAAAUUAGCAAUAGACACGGAGGCAAAAGAGGUGUAUAUUGUCCUUUCUCGUGAGUUUCCACUGUUGGUAAUUUCUGCUAGGAAUGAUGUUUGCAGGUUGGUUGAUAUAUCCUGUUUGGGUUAGAUCAGGUGCUCUUACGCUCUUUUAAUUAACGUAGAACCACCAGAAAAUUCUGAUUGUCAGAUAAAUUUGGAGUGAAACUGGCCUUAUUUUUAGACAAUCUGUCUUUCAGCUUAAUUUUAUGCUAAGUGACUCUGAUUGAAUAAUGCCUUUUCAGAAUGUAGUGUACAUGCAUCAUCUGCCACUCGGUAAAGAAAUUUCUCAAUGACUACAAAGUAUGCAUUUGUAAAUAUGUUUUGAGUUUUUCAUUAUAUGAUGUUUGCUGUUCAGACUUUGCCCCAGUUGACGAUUUAUGUUGAAGUAUCAUGUUUCCCCAAAUCCUCUGCGGAUUUUUGUAACUAUGCCUCCUGAAUCCCCCCUCAAAAAAACAAACAAACAAAAGGAGCCUGACAGAACACCAGAUGACUAGAAUCUUUAUAUUUAAAGAAGUAUCUGUUUGCUUUAUCACUUUUAUUUUGUUUCCAUUGUCAUUAAUAAACAACUUAACUGCC